UCUCGGGUGCGAGCCGAGCCCCAGGCCCCAGGCCCGAGAGAAGGAAGAGUUUUCGGGCCGCCAACAUGAAGUUAUGCGUCCUAGUCUUCUCCAGCUGCUUCCCCCUUCUGUUGGCGAGAAGACCCCCGGACGGGCCCGGUCAUGACUCCCACCCUCCGAAUGAGAAGCUUGAUUCCAUGCUGUCAGAUUAUGAUAUCCUUUCUUUGUCAAACAUCCAGCAACAUUCCUUGAGGAAAAGGGAUCUACAAACAGCAUCACAUUUAGAAAGAUUAUUGACUUUUUCAGCCUUAAAUAGGCAUUUUAAGAUAUAUCUAACAUCCAGUGCUGAACGCUUUUCACGAAAUUUCAAAGUAUUGGUUGUGGAUGGGAAAGAAGAGCAAGAAUAUCCUGUAAAAUGGCAAGAUUUCUUCUCGGGGCAUGUAGUGGGUGAACACAACUCCAGAGUUCUGGCCCAUAUAGGUGAUGAUGACUUUACAGUAAGAAUCAAUACAGAUGGGGCAGAAUAUAAUAUAGAGCCACUCUGGAGAUUUAUUAACAAUACCCAGGACAAAAGAAUGUUGGUUUAUAAAUCUGAAGAUAUCAAGAAUGUUUCACGUUUUCAGUCUCCAAAAGUGUGUGGUUAUUUGAAGAUUGAAAAAGAAGAAUUGCUCCCUAAAGGACUAGAAGACAGAGAACUACAUAAAGUGCAUGUUCAUCGGGAGAAGAGAGCUCCUCCAAAUCCAUUGAAGAAUACAUGCAAGUUACUGGUGGUAGCAGACCAUCGUUUUUACAAGUACAUGGGCAGAGGGGAAGAGAGCACAACUACAAAUUACUUAAUUGAGCUGAUUGACAGAGUUGAUGACAUCUAUCGGAAUACAUCCUGGGACAAUGCAGGUUUUAAAGGUUAUGGCAUACAGAUAGAACAGAUUCGUAUCCUCAAGGCACCUCAAGUGGUAAAACCUGGUGAAAAACACUUUAAUAUGGCAAAAAGUCAACCCAAUGAAGAGAAGGAUGCUUGGGAUGUGAAGCAGUUACUAGAGCAAUUCAGCUAUGAUAUAGCUGAGGAUGCAUCAAAAGUUUGCCUUGCACAUCUUUUCACAUAUCAAGAUUUUGAUAUGGGAACUCUUGGAUUAGCAUAUGUUGGAUCUCCCAGAACAAACAGUCAUGGAGGUGUUUGUCCAAAAGCUUAUUAUAGCUCAGUCUGGAAAAAGAACAUCUUUCUGAACAGUGGUUUGACCAGCACAAAAAAUUAUGGUAAAACCAUCCUUACAAAGGAAGCUGAUUUAGUUACAACUCAUGAACUGGGACACAACUUUGGAGCAGAACAUGAUCCUGAUGGCUUAGCAGAAUGUGCCCCAAAUGAAGAUCAAGGAGGAAAAUAUGUUAUGUAUCCCAUAGCUGUGAGUGGAGACCACGAAAAUAACAAGAUGUUUUCAAACUGCAGUAAACAAUCCAUCUUCAAGACUAUUGAAAGUAAGGCUCGUGAAUGUUUUCAAGAACGCAACAACAAUGUGUGUGGGAAUUCCAGGGUGGAUGAAGGAGAAGAAUGUGAUCCUGGCAUUAUGUAUCUGAACAACGACACCUGUUGUAAUACAAACUGUACCUUGAAGAAAGGAGUUCAGUGUAGUGAUAGAAAUAGUCCUUGCUGUAAAAACUGUCAAUUUGAGACAGCUGAAAAGAAGUGCCAAGAGGCCAUUAAUGCUACCUGCAAAGGCGUAUCCUACUGUACAGGUAACAGCAGUGAAUGUCCCCCUCCUGGAAAUGCUGCAGACGAUACUGUUUGUUUGGAUUUAGGAAAAUGCAAAGAUGGAGAGUGUAUUCCCUUCUGUGAAAGGGAGAAGAACCUCCAGUCUUGUGCAUGCAAUGAAACUGACCAUUCCUGCAAGGUGUGCUGUAGGGAUGAAUCUGGCCGAUGCGUUCCAUACCUCGAUGCUGACAAUAACUUCUUAUUUUUGAGGAAAGGAAAGCCCUGUACUGUGGGAUUUUGUGACAUGAAUGGCAAAUGUGAGAAACGGGUUCAGGAUGUAAUAGAGCGAAUUUGGGAUUUCAUUGAUCAGCUAAGCAUCAAUACUUUUGGGAAGUUUUUAGCAGACAACAUUGUUGGUUCAGUCCUGGUCUUCUCCUUGAUUUUGUGGAUUCCCCUCAGCAUUCUUGUCCAUUGUGUGGACAAGAAAUUGGAUAAACAGUAUGAAUCGUUGUCUUUGUUUCAUCCCAGUAAUGUGGAAAUGCUCAGUAGCAUGGACUCGGCCUCUGUUCGCAUCAUCAAACCAUUUCCUGUGCCUCAACCCCCUGGUAGACUUCAGCCACUCCAGCCUGCUCCAGUGAUGCCCUCAGUGGCCCCAAAGCUGGACCACCAAAGGAUGGAUACCAUUCAGGAAGACCCAAGCACUGACUCAAUCCUUGAUGAAGAUGGCUUUGAGAAGGAUCCUUUCCCAAAUAGCAGCUCAGCUGCAAAGUCUUUUGAGGAUCUUACAGACCAUCCUGUCACAAGGAGUGAAAAGGCAUCCUCUUUUAAAUUACAGCGCCAAAGUCGUGUGGACAGCAAAGAAACCGAAUGCUAGUUUAGGGUUUUGCCUCCUCGACUUUUUUUACCUACCUGUACAAAAUAAUUUUUAUAAGUUUCAUCUAAAAUCAUUACAUUAUAUAUUUCAAAGGGCUUAGUAGAAAAUGGGACAAAUAAGGAAGUGACUUAACAGCAGAUGCUGGUCAUGUGUUUGACCUUCCUUACUGAAAUAGUCCUCAUGUGUUUAGUCUUAGCCCUUUUUCCUUUCAAGGAGGUAAGCUUAUUUUGAAGCUUUCUGGUUUGAUUUCAUUUUUUGAAUCUUUAAAAUGUACUUUUUAACCUGUGGUGCAAAAAGCUGAAAAUCUAGGUGUGUAUAUUUGCUUUUUGUAAUUUAACUUUUUAUUCAUAACAGCACUGAUCAGAGAGGUGAGAUUUUUUUUUUCAAUGGCCGGCCUAUAAUGAUCCUUUGAAUAGUGGAGACUUGUAGAAAUAAUUUGUCAUGGAACCUAGAACAGUGUCAUUGAUGCAUAUUUUCAAAUGAAGAUUGAGCUGAACCAAAAUCUCAUUGUAAGUGAUCUCAAUGUGGAUUCCAGUCUCAGGUAUUACUGAGAGCUUUUGGCAGAUAAGGGGCCAUAAAAUCUGAUUUUGGAAAUAAUUUUGGUGGUAUAGCCCUUCAAUGGGGCAAAUGAAUAAAGAUUCACAGUUGCAGGUAGAGGGAACAUUUAGAUAGAUAUAUAUAUUAAGCAUCUUUUUUGAUAGGGACUUUCCAAUGUUUAGAUAGACCUCAUCUGCUGAUUGACAUCCUCUCUGUUCUGUGGAUCUUUGUGAAUUCCUAUUGCCAAGAACUUUUGAAAAAGUCACUUAUUUAAAGGAAUCUAUAUUAUUAGGCCAGGAACACUGACAUGUAUUGCUCUGGAUUAAUGAAAACCUAUCAACAAGAACACAGGAUGUUUCUAACGAACAAUGGGAAUAAAAAGCAAGAAAUAUUUACUCAACGUAACUUAAAAUGUGGUCAUAGUAUCAAGCAGGUAAACAGCACAGUCUUUCUCUCUGAGCUGGGUAGCAUCUGCCACAGUUGCCACUGGAAAUUAUUUUUGAUAGAUCAGCAAAUAGAUGUUUGCAUUAUUUGUUGCUUUUGGAAGUGUCCCAGGAUCUUGGAAAAUCGCCAAUUGCUACGUGAAGGAUAAAUUUUGAUUUACACAGAAUUGUAGUUGAAAGCAUUUCUAAGUACUGAGUAAUAGUGCUCACCAGCCAAGAUAUUUUAAUUCAACUUGUAUUUAUAAAAUUGAUGGGAAUUAACCAAACCUGUGACAAAAUGUGUUGUUUCAAGAAUAUAUUUGUUACAUGGAUUCUUGUUACACUAAUACUUGAAACUUGUGCCUUAUGGUAUUGUUAUUGUUAAGUAGUCAUCAUGUUAUAUUUUUAGUUAUGCUUUUGGAAACACUGGGGUGCGUGGGUGUGUGUACGAAAGUGUGAGAGAUCCGUAUAAUUUCCAGAAAAAUGUAAUAUAACCAUUUUUUAUAAAAUUUUAUGACUUUUUUAAAAACAAAAUUGCCUUUGCCUUUCCCUCAUGUAUACAAUUAACAAUGCUCAGCAUGGAAUUUGUAGCUACAGAAUUGAUACUACCUGCCUUGAUUUGUCAAUAAAUAUUUAAUAACAUCA